AUGCAACUGAUAUUCAGCGGAAAAGAUAGAUAUACUUUUCACUCAGAAAGAUGGAAACGAGGGUACAAUCCGGACCUUUGUAUUGUCUCUAAAGAUCAUAAUGGUGUAUCACUUCAUGCCCAACGAUCUGUCCUAAAUAAUUUUCGAAAAAGCCAACAUAGACCUGUACACAUACAAAUUGGUAUCCAGAUUCCAUUAGUAAAAACAAUACCUAAACCGAAAUGGGACUUUAGAAAAGUUAAUUGGCCUGCUUUUUCAAAAUCCCUAGACGAUAAUAUCAGGUGGAUCGACACAACAGUGAACAACUAUGAACGCUUCAUUGGCAUGGUUAAGGGAACUGCAAAACGUUAUAUCCCCCGAGGCUACAGACACAAAUAUAUUCCCUGCUGGAAUGAGGAAAGCGACAGACUGUAUGCAGAAUAUCAAAGAAAUGGCCAAGCAGAAACCGCGGAUAAACUCUUAGAAUCACUAGCUAAAGGACGCAAGGACCGUUGGACUGAAACUGUAGAACGUCUAGAUUUCAAACACUCUAGUCGGGAAGCCUGGAAUGUUCUACGCAGACUAGAUCCCUGCCAGAAUCGAGAUGGCAGCGAACCUGAAAUAAAACCUAAUGCAUUUGCGAAUCGAUUAAUAGAAACGUCAAGAGCCAAAAUCGAUAAAAAUAUAUCAAGAAAACUGACUAUGGACCUUAAAGUAAAGAAAACCCGUGCAGUGGAAAAUUCGCAGUGA